AUGAUGAAUUAUAUUCUAAUAGUACAAUAAAGGAUAUAAGCUCUGAAGAUAAUAUCUCAAUUAGUGAUUUUCAAAGUGAAUUUGAUACUUUUGAAGAAAGCAUUAAUGAAUAUGAUAAACAUUUAUCAACAAAAAUAUAUAUGAUUACUGAACAAUUAAGAGUUAAAGAAAUUAUUCAUACUGUUUUAUCUAUGGAAUAUCCACUUACUUCAGAAGAUGGAAUUGCAAUUAUUUAUAAUAUUGAAGCAUGGGAUAGUGUAAAAGUUUGUGAAAACUUAAAUCAAAAUAUUAAAAACAAAUUUCAUUUAGAAGUAGAUAUAGAUAAUAAUCUUGUACAAUUAACAAAUGAAUUAGCUAAUAUUCAAAGAAAUAAGGAAGCAAAAACUUAUAAAUAA